ACUUGAAAAAAAAUAUUUUAAAAAGUUAGGAUUAGUAAUGGAAGUCUAAGGGAUUUUGACCUCUUUGAACCAGCAGGUACUCCCUAUUUGUAAUAGGAAGGGGGAGGGGCUAAAAUGUAUAUUGUUUUACCAGUCAAUGAUUUGGGCUUUUUUAAGGUUUCACAGCUCAAACCUGUUUCCUAACAGCAAUUGCUGAUUGGGCCUUUCAGUGUUUGCACUGAAAUUGAAAAAAUGAAGAUAGUGACUUUUGAUUUGCUCAGAUAGUCUUUGACAUAUUUAUUUUCAAUGUCUUCUGUAAUUUAUUCAGAAUUCUUCAUUUGUGAAGCACAAGUGUGUAAAAUGUGCUUUAAAGGUUAUAGAAAUUGACUGAAUUGGACGACAGUGCUGAAUUAAAAUGAAACUUUGUGUGCUAGUUGUGCUCUUUUACGUGGACUAAAUGUGUUUUUACUCUACACAAAAACCUGUAUAAAAUUGUUUUUUUUUUUUGUUUGCUUUUUUACCGACAACAUUUCAGCCAUGAAUGGUUAAGCUGUAUUUCUGUUUAUGAGAGAUUCUGUUUCCUCCUGGAUCAUGUGUGUGAACAUGUGUGUUUGUGUGAGAGGCACAGGGAGCAUUUCCACAGCAUGCAGGAGCAGGACCACAGGGGGGAGGGGGGCCAAGGCCAGGGAGCCCGAACCCAGAAGCAAGCAUCGAGCGUCGGGGAGGAUCGAGCCAUUCUGCUGGGCUUCACCAUGAUGGCCUUCUCCGUGCUCAUGUUCUUCGUGGUCGGCAUGACCACGGUCAAGCCGUACAUCAACAGUCGCUGGGAGGAGAACAGCAGCUGUGUGCUACAGCAGACCGCCAUCUUGGAGAGGUGGGUGGACUGCAGGGGUGUGAGCUCAAUGCCCUGCCUCACGGUGACGGUUUACCUCAACGGAUCCGCUGACGGGGUUUUUCUCCACUUGGACGAAGAGUCUGUCUUCCUCUCGUCUGUAGUAAGUAUUAGCAGCCAGCCUGUCUUCCAUUGCAGCUCAGUCUCAGGAAACUGUCAGCUGAGCCACGAGGAACUCCACGAUGAAGUAAAAAACGUGGAGAACAACCUGACAGGUCGCCAGGGCAGCACGUUCCCGUGCUUCAGCAGCCGGAAGCCGUACCUCAGCCACGCCGUCCUGCGCAGGAAGUACACGCUGAGCCGGACCCUGUUCGGCCUGCUGUGGCCCUGCCUGAUGCUGGUUGGGGGAGCCGCGCUGGUGGGCCUGGUGAAGCUGACGCAGUGGCUGGGCCGCCUGUCGUCCAGGGCGGGCGGCGAGGCGGCCAGGUGCCGGAGUCUGACUGACACGGAGGGCGCUCUGUACAGGCUGCUGCAGGGCUCCAGCGCGCAGUCUCCCUCCUGACAUCCGCCGACAAAGCUGUUCUGUUUGAAGACUCGUGCUUUGGUUUCCACGCUUUAGUGCUGCCUGAUCUAAAUGACCACAGAUGAGGUCAAAGGUUAAGUGAAGGCCAAGAAAUGAUCAAAAUCGAUCAAAUCUUUAUCCCUAAAAGAACUUUUUAUCACAACCAGCACUCCUUCAUAGAAAAUCAACUUCCAAAACUGUCUGGUUCUUGAGCUUCAAUCAUGAUCUCCAGGACUGAUUUUUUUUUUUUUUUUUUUUUAGCCUUUGCUCAUGAACCAAUGGAUUCAAACAAACCCCCAUCUCUCUGUUUUAAAUCAGCUCCAGCGAGGCUGAUGACGAGAAGCCUUAAAAAAAAGACUUGCAGAGAACAUCCAGCCCGGAAGAAUCCACUUCAGGAACAAUCGGAAAGCAAUUGGAACGCAAAAGAGCAGUACGGCCCGACCUCCCUGAUGAGCCGUCACUAUCUUCUGUCAGAGCUCAGAGAUAAUCCAGUUACUUUUGUUCCUUUUUGAUAGAGAUUGCUAUAUAUUUUUAUUUAGUUUUCUUUUGAUUAAUCAGUUGAGGCUUGACACCAAAACAACAA